AUGAAGACCGUGCAGGAGUUCGAGAGCGAGCUCGCAAAGGCGACGGCGCGGAAGAGCGGCGGUGGCGACGGCGGCAAGGGCGAGGCGCGCCGCCCCCGGGGCGGCGACGCCUUGUCCAAGCAGCCCGUGCACGGCAAGGGGUCGCACUGCGAGGUCCACAAGCACAGCGGCAUGGGGUGCGCGGUGGUGUCAAUGGAGUCCGCCGCGGCCCGAGAGUCCGUGAUGGUCUAUUGUGAGGGCAAAGCCGCGGGCAGCGACCAGGUUAAAACGCAGAUCGGCGGAGUCUCCGUGCAGGUCCGCCGGCACCUGGACAAAAACACCAAGCAGGAUGUGGUCACCGACAUCUUCUGCGCCUGGGGCCACCGUGCCGAAAAGGAGACCCCGCUGGAGGUCGACGAGAUCGCGGAGGCCUUCGACAAGCUGCUCACGGACGCGCACACGCACGGGAACGCGCAGGCCGCGGCCACCCUCUCCACGAGCCCCCAGCACCUGGCCGGGGUGCGAGCGCCCCCGCCGCCGCCCAUGCACCAUCCGACGCUGGCUGGAGCCGCGGGCGCGGCGGCGAUGACGCCGGCGCAGCUGCAGCAGGCGGAGAUUGAGGACCCUGACAUUUUAGCUUCGCCCUAA